GCGUGGGGCGGGGCGUGGGCGUGCGGGCGUUGGGGGGGGUGGUGCGUAAAUAGGGAAGGGGGGCAGGGGGGGGCCAUGGUGGAGGGUUCGGAGAGGCCCCGCUCCUCCCGCGCCCGCCGGGCGCGAAACCCUAGCUUGGAGGAGGAGGAAGAGGACGAGGCGGCCGCGGCCAGGCGUGUCAAGAGGGAGGUCGCUGAUGAUCUGAAUGGGGAACCUGCGGAUGACGUGGAUGAGGAUGAGGAGGUGGUGGUGGAGGAGGAGGAGGACGACGAGGUGGUCGUCGCCUCCGACGAGGAGGGGGAUGCGGACGGCGGUGGCGAACCGGUUGAGGCCUUCGAGCCGCGCACGCUGGAGGAGGCCCUCGUUCCGCGUGUGGGUGCGGUGUUCGACUCUGUGGACGAGGCCUUCUCGCUCUACAAGGCCUACGCCUACCACACUGGCUUCCAUGCGGUGCGCCGUACCUGCCACAACUACGAGGGGCUACGCUACCGCUCUACCUUCACCUGCACUCACGGUGGUAAGUCCCGUGCUGGCGCAAGCCCGUCUGAUGGCUCAGGUGCUCGCUACCCACUCCGCAGUAGCAAGCGAGCAGCUGCCUCCCAGGAGAAGCGGGCUCGACGUGGCGCUGCCGAGAAGACGGGAUGCAAGGCGAUGCUGAUCAUCCGUGACAAGCGGGCAGAGGACAAGUGGAAGGUGGAGUUCGUUGAGCUGGAGCAUAACCAUCCCUGCACACCUGACAUGGUGAGGUUCUUGAAGGCUUACAGGGAAAUGCCUGAUUCAGCUAAAAAGAAGGCCAAAAUUUCUGAUGAAAUGGAUGAUAUGGUGGAGAAGUCGCUGAGUGAGAUCGCUGAAACCAGGAAGUUCCCAACUCGGCCCAAGCGGAGUGUUGGUGGAGCCUCUGUUGGUGGGUUUAGGUUUAGUAGAAGUGACAGUUUUGUGCAGCGUUUCGGGGAGGAUGACCUUAUUGCACUGAAGAAGUUUAUUGAGACGAUGCAGCGCAAGAAGCCAAACUUCAUGCAUUACUGGGAUCUUGAUCACGAAACUCAUGUGAAGAAUUUUUUUUGGACUGAUUCGAGGUCCCAGGCACAAUACCGCUAUUUUGGUGAUGUGAUUACACUUGAUGUGAUGUAUUUACAGCACUCUCGUGUUAGCUUCCCAUUGGCCACACUCCUUGGUGUGAACAACCAUGGUCACCUUGUUCUACUUGGUUGUGGUCUCCUUUCUAGCGACAGCAAAGAAAACUAUGUCUGGUUGUUGAAGAGGUGGCUGAGCUGUAUGAGUGGCAAGCCACCAGAGGCAAUCACAACCACCUAUUCAGAUGCUGUCGCAUUAGCUGUGGCUGAGGUGUUGCCAAAUGCAAGACACCGUUUCUGUUUUUGGCAUAUCUUGAAAAAGCUCCAAGAAAAUGUUGGACGCACACAUGAGAAAGAGGCGAUUUCCUCAAGAUUCAAGGAGGUUGUUUAUGACACGGUCACACUUACUGACUUCGAGAGAGAGUGGGGGUCCAUGGUUGAGCAGUACAAGCUCAAAGACAACGAAUGGUUCUCUGCUUUGUACAGCUGCCGGAAACAAUGGGCACCUGGUUAUGUCAACCAUUCAUUCUGGGCUGGCACUUCUGCUAUCAGGAAGGUCGAGAAACCAGAUCCAUACUUUGAUGGCGUGGUGACAACUAAAACUACCCUGCCAGUUUUCCUUGAGCAAUAUGAGACUACUCUAAGAGGGAAGCUGGAAAGGGAGGCAUAUGAUGAUUUGCGCUCUUAUUACUCUAGGCUAACUUUGUUGUCAGGAUUGCCCUUUGAGGAGCAACUCAUGGAGCUCUACACAGUACCUAUGUUUCAAGCAUUCCAAGACGAGAUCAAACAAUUAAUGCAUGUGAUUUGCAAAGAGGUAGACAGGAGUGGAAAUUCAAUUACCUAUAUGGCUAGUGAGUUAGUACAGGGAAAGAAGGUCGACUAUACAGUUGUCUACAAUAGUGCUGACAAGGAUGUCUGGUGCAUCUGUCGCUCCUUUCCAUCACGGGGCAUUCUUUGCAGCCAUGCUCUCUCUGUUCUGAAGCAAGAGAAUGUAUUGAUGCUGCCAUCAAAAUACAUCCUCAACCGUUGGAGGAAAGACUUUAGAAUACUUCAUGCAUCUGCAAGCUCCAGUUCUGUAUCAUCCAAUAGAGAUUUGAGCGUUUUCAAUGAUCUUUAUGCGUGUGGUCAUGAGUAUUUAGAAGACGUCAUUGACAUUGGAGCCAGAGAACCUGAGCUGAAAGAGUUUGUGUUGUCGGUUAUGAAGGAAGCGAAGGACAAACUAAUUAGGCCCGACCAUGUUCAGCAAGAUGAUCAGCAGGUUGAUGUAAAUAUGUCAGUAACUGGUCAAGUGUCUGCGGAUAGGAGAGUAGAUGUGAACAUGUCAUCAAAUAGCACAGCCCUGAUUCAGGGAGACAGAAGGGUCGAUACAAAUGUGACUUCAAACACCACAGCCCUGGUUCAUGGUCAUGGGGAUGCCAUAACAUCAAACACCACAGCUAUGAUUCAUGGGGACAGAAGAGUUGAGAUGAAGAUCCCAACACCCCACCUUAUUCAUGGAGAGGGAAGAGUUGACAUGAACAUGGCAUCCCCUCACUUGAUGCAGAGGGACAGAAGGGUUGACAUGAACAUGGCCUCCCCACACUUGAUACAGGGGGAUAGAAGAGUUGAUAUGAACCUGGCAUCGCCGCACUUCAUACAAAGUGAUAGAAGGAUUGAUAUGAACCUGACAUCUUCACAUCUGAUACAAGGGGACAGAAGAGUUGAUAUGAACAUGUCGUCCCCUCACCUGAUACAAGGUGACACCAGAGUGGAUAUGAAUAUGGUAUCUACUGCUCAGAAUGGGUUGCACUCUUUUGAUUUGGUGAAUGUGAAUCUAGAGAGUGGUCCUUUGCCAAUGGUUGCAACAGAUUUCAUGCAAAUGCAUCAGCACCCACCCGUCUACCAUCCAAAGCAACUCCUCAAUAUGAGAGAUCAGGUGAUGGACACAAACAAGAGGCCCAAUAUGGAAACAAACACAUAUUUUAUGGGAGGUGGAAUGCAUGUGGGCUAGUUUAUUGUCUAGAGACCCACUAUGUAAUAUUUUCUGUUUGGAAAGGAGAUGUCCUUUCUUAUUUUAUAUUGAUAUGUAUGUUCCUAGAGCAGGCAGUGCAACUAAUCCACUAGGUUGUAGUAAUUGCAGAUUAAUCUUGCAGUGCUGGUAGCUUUGUUGUACUUUGUUGUAUCAUCUUCUCUGUUCGGCUGUUGUAGCAAGCUACCUGCUAUUGUCUUGUGCAUAAUAGAAUGCAAUAACCUUUUUCUUGUCA